AUGAAUAGUCAAGAAAAUAAGCGGACAAAUCGAUUUGAUAUUUAUGCCAAAAAUAUUGACAACAACUACAAUCUCGAAAGAUCUUUUGGCCAUCUCUCCUUUGCUCAGUCCAACUUUCUUAAUCAUUUUGAAGCGGAUAAUCAAGGACAUGGCGUAGGUGGACCGAGCAUGGAUGUGGUGAACGCUUUUUCGAAUCCUUUUUUGACCAGUUCGUCGAGUUCAGGUACGACAACGAGUAAUUUAGAAGGUAGAAAUACCCUUACGGCCUCUCAGACCUCUUCACAGUAUGCAAAUUCCAGAAAAAUUGGUCAUGAAAUAGGUAGUUCCUACUGGAACGCUGAUUGUAAGGACUAUGAUGUAGAGCCGCCAGGGACGGCAGGUACCUUAACAAUUAAUAGUAUCAUGGAUUCAGCGAAUACUACAAGAAUUUCGGAUUGUAACACUUCGCUAGAGUCCGCAACUAGCACUUUUCCAAAUAACGAAACUCUAAGGUUGGAACUUCAAUUAAAAGAGACUCAGAUUGAAUCAUUGGAAACAGAAAUUCAGAAGCUGAAAACGGCUUUUAAUCAAGGCCUUAUGUAUAAGCAAGGGAGCUUUCAAAACGAGCGAAUUUCCACUGAAGUCGAUCAGACUUUGGAAAUUCCUGCCAGUAUUGAAACGGUUUUCUCGAAACUGUCAUCAUCUUUGCAAAGAAAGACGAAAGAAUUAGACGAGACAAACGCGAGGCUCGAAAGUAUAAUAACGGCUGUGGCAUUGAAUCCCUCAAAUACAAUCACCAAAUUUGGUCGUUAUGAUGAAGAAGAAUUAGCUCACAAAACGAUUACCAGACUUGAGAUGUUAACCAAAGAAAAUAGAGAAAUGGCUAAAAUGCUUGGAUAUGGGAGAUCUAAAGAGGCCCAGAUCGAGUUGGAAUUGUUAAGAAAAGAGAAUGAGGAAUUGAAGGAAAAAAUUAGAUCAUUCAAGCAACAGUCUUAG